AUAGAUUAAACUUUAAUGUAUGAGAAAAACAUCAUCAUACUAAAGAGAACACACGACAAUGGUCUACAAAGGAAAAAUGUUUAUUAGAUAACCUUUUGUUCCAUCCACACUAUAGAAGAGAAACGAAAAAUGUUGUUUAUUUAACGCAAAUCAACAACACUCAGAAACUGAGAGUGUGAAGAACCUUAGUUGUAGUUAGUGGCAAUCAAUCAGUAUUAGAGUAGCCAUGAGAAUGAAGCUGCUGAUUUUGUUUGCAUGCUUACUUUCUGGGUUUAUCUCCUCUAGAUCUGAGACACUGUUUUCCUUCUCACAAAACGAUGUCGUCUCAGCUAAUCCAUUGCAACUUAUGGUUAACCUCACUCUCAUUCAAGGAGCUGAUUCCAAAGGAGCUGUUUGUUUGGAUGGAACAUUGCCCGGUUACCAUUUGGAUCGUGGAUUUGAUUCUGGUGCGAAUAGUUGGCUUAUUCAUCUUGAGGGAGGAGGAUGGUGUAACACAAUCAGAAAUUGUGUAUAUAGAAAAAAGACUCGUCGUGGUUCCUCCAAAUACAUGGAAAAUCAAAUACCAUUCACAGGAAUAUUGAGUAAUAAACCAGAAGAAAACCCUGAUUUCUUUAACUGGAAUAGAGUCAAAUUAAGGUACUGUGACGGAGCAUCUUUUACUGGAGAUAGUGAAAAUGAGGCGGCAGGGCUUCAAUUUCGAGGACAAAAAAUUUGGCUAGCUGCAAUAGAGGAAUUGAUGUCUCAAGGAAUGGAUAAUGCAGAACAGGCCCUUCUUUCUGGAUGUUCUGCGGGUGGUCUUGCGUCCAUAAUACAUUGUGACGAGUUCCAAAGCUUGUUACCAAAAUCUUCCAAAGUGAAGUGUUUUAGUGAUGCGGGUUUUUUUCUUGAUGCAAUUGAUGUAUCUGGAGGACGCUCAUUGAGAAAUCUGUUUGAAGGCGUAGUUCAGUUACAGGAAGCACAAAAAAAUCUGCCAAAAAAUUGUCUCAACAAACUGGACCCAACUUCGUGCUUCUUUCCUCAGAAUUUGGUUGAACAUAUUGAGACGCCAUUGUUUCUACUCAAUGCGGCUUAUGAUGUGUGGCAGGUUCAAGCCAGUUUAGCCCCAGCGACAGCCGAUCCUCUUGGCUCUUGGAAUGAAUGCAAAUCAAACCAUGCAAAUUGUAGCUCGUCUCAAAUUCAGUUCCUCCAAGACUUCAGAAAUCAAAUGGUUGACGAUUUGAAAGAUUUUUCAAGACCGUCUCAAACUGGACUUUUCAUAAAUUCCUGUUUUGCUCAUUGCCAGUCGGAGAGACAGGAGACAUGGUUCGCGGAUGACUCUCCUCUUCUCGAGGACAAGCCAAUUGCAGUUGCUGUUGGAGACUGGUAUUUCGACCGGGAAGUUGUCAAAUCUAUUGACUGUCCUUACCCUUGUGACAAUAAUUGCCAUAAUUUGGUGUUUAGAAGAGUAUAAUGUAUUAUCUCUUUAUGUGUUAAGAUCACUUGUGUAUUUAACAUUCAUUAAUUAUGUCAAGACCAUUCUUAUGUGAUGAAGCAAUUAAUUGAUUAUCA